AUGGCUACUAAGGUCCUUCAGAGUUAUUUUUAUUGGCAGACUCUCUUUAGAGACUCUCGGGAAUUUGUGAGGAACUGUGACAAGUGCCAGAGGGCAAAGAACCUUCCCCGCAAUCAUGAGAUGCGACAGCAAAAAAUUCUAGAGAUUGAGUUGUUUGAUGUGUGGGGUAUUGAUUUUAUGGGUCCUUUCCCACCAACAUACUCAAAUACUUACAUCUUGGUGGCAGUGGAUUAUGUGUCCAAGUGGGUAAAAACAAUGGCUUUACCUACUAAUGACACCAAAGUGGUGAUGAGCUUUCUUCAGAGACAUAUCUUUAGCCGAUUUGGUAUCCCAAUGACACUCUUUAGUGAUAGAGGAAGCCACUUCUGCAAUAGACAGUUGGACUCCCUUUUGCAGAGAUAUGGUGUCCGUCAUAUGGUAGCAACCCCUUAUCACCCUUAG